UGCAAUGCAAAGAAGUUAUUAAAUUGAAACAGUUUUACUGUACAUUUUCGUGUUCGUAUGAAAAAAUACAUACUUUAAAAACACAUUAUUUUAAUGAAAAUUACGAGUUUGAUCGAUAUUUCUAUCCCAGGUGAUAAAAUUCACACACCCUUGUGUUGCAGCUAUCUGCUUAAUUAAAACAUUCAGUUUUUGAUAACGCUUAGAUACUUGUGCACGGAAAAAUCAGCGACAUCUCAACAGUAUGUUUCGGCCUCAAAGCGCAACAUCUCGUCAAGAAUCUGAAAUGGCAGCAAAAAGUCUUCGUGAACUUCAGGCUGUAGGUGCAGGUGGUGAUCCGAUGCACCGUUUGCGCCUUUUGUGUUUAUCUCGAGGAGCCAAUGGAAUUCUGGGAUUGGGACGUAUGUUUCGACGAAUGGAUGAUGAUGGAAAUAAACAACUAAAUCAAGAUGAAUUUAUUCGCGGUCUGAGAGAAACUGGAAUGGAAAUGACUGACGACGAGGCAGUUGAAUUGUUUAAAAACUUUGACGAUGACAAUAGUGGGAGCAUUAAUAUGACGGAAUUUUUGGUACACGUCAGGCCCCCGAUGUCUGAAUCACGUAAAAAGGUCGUUGAGGAGGCCUUUAAAAAAAUGGAUAGAACUCGAGAUGGCGUCAUUACUAUAGAAGAUUUAAAAAACGUUUAUAAUGUAAAAUCACACCCUAGAUAUAUUUCUGGUGAAGAAACUGAAGAAACAAUACUCAAAAGGUUUUUAGCGAAUUUUGAGCAAGAUGCCACUAAAGAUGGACAGGUAACUCACGAGGAAUUUUUCAAUUAUUAUAGUGCUAUAAGUGCAUCUAUCGACAACGAUGGUUACUUUGACUUAAUGAUGAGACAAGCCUACAAAUUGUAAACUUUUUUAAAUGUUAACAAGUUCGUGGUUUAAAUUUCAAUAUUCACAUACAAUAUAUUAAUAGCUGUGUAUGAAGUUUUAACAAUCUUAAAAUACGUAUUGCUCCUUAAUAUGUUCUUAAACUAUUCUGAUACUUAUAGUGAUAAAAUAAAUUUGUUUGCGAGUU